AUGGCAGCAGACUCCGUGAGUCUGAAGCUACAGUUUGCAGGUGCAACGGCAGCACAAUCGUUCCGCAUAGCCAUCACAGCCGAGAUCCAGUACACAGCACGGAAGGAUGAAUGUUUUGAACAAAGAGACGAUGUUGAAAUCUGCCUCCUUUCAGAAUUGGACUGUGAUACGCAGAGUGGGCGGCUGUCCCAGGGUCAGUUUUCGAGCUCCCUGGAUCAAGAAGGUGGUUGCAGCUACAGCUCUUCUCCCUGUGACACGGCUACCUCGUCCCCAUUCCCAACUGCCUUCCUCUCCACCCGCUGGAGUUGCUUAAAGAAGACUUUGGUUCGGAGAUCUUCCCCCCAAAACCUGAACCAGGGAGAUGAACAUGCACAUCUCGCCCUCCAGGAGCGAGGACGCCGUGUCCGGGUUCAAGCCCGUGCUAUCCUCAAAGCUUGCGUCCUGGAGUUGGGCAUGGAGGGGCGUCACCCUGGGAAGGUGUGGUGUGUUGUAGCAGUUGGAGCUGUGAGGUCUGGAAGGCACCAGCGCUGUGAAGUCUGUUGGCUCAACGGACCCGGCACAGCCAGUAGAUCCCGCUGGAGCUCCUCUCUCUGGCAUGAAUCCCUCGGUGUUGGAGAUUUAGAAGAGGUGACAUCUGAAUCUCCGGGGAGUGAAGCCGAUUUUAGCUCUUCAAGCAGCGUGGGCGGUAUUUCAGCGCCUGAAGUCCACGUGUCUGCUGCUGGAAGCAAAAGAUCUUCUUUUUCUCUCAAUCGUGGCCCUUAUGGUCGGAAUAAUGGAUCCUUAUCCUACAAGUCCAGAGCCAGCCCACCUGCUUCUCGUGAAAAGGACCCUUUGUCAAGACUGGGCAAAAGCCAGCUGAGUCCUGCUAACGUCCGCCAGAAUUACGGGGCUUCUUCAGCCAGCAGGAGCAAGCCAGGCUCAUGCAAAGGAAGCGACAGCAGCUCAGUGAUGAGGCAAGAGUGAUGUUAUGUGAUGGUUUCAUUUUUUUUUCUUGUCACCAUUUCUUGUGGUGACAAUCACAGCAUGAAGCCAGAAAAUCCAGAGCAGUGCUUGACUCCUCUGCAGCAGAAGGAACUUACAGUGCGGCAUUUGAAAACAAAGCUGAAGGAAUCUGAGAGCAAACUUAAAGAAAGGGAAAUGGAAAUAGAAGAACUCAAAGCUCAGCUGGGACGGAUGAAGGAAGACUGGGUUGAGGAAGAGUGUCAUCGUGUGGAGGCAGAGCUGGCCGCCUUGGAAGCAAGAAGGGAAGUUAAACAACUCAAGCAGGUUAUUGAAAGCAUGAAAAACAGCUUGGCUGAGAAAGACAAAAAAAUGCAGCAAUACUUCAUAGCCAUUAGCAUUGAAAACAAGAAACUGGAAUCUUUGCUGCAGAGCAUGGAGAUGGCUCAGAGCAGCUCUGUGAGAGAUGAGCAGUGCCUGGAGCACAGGUGUGACUCAGAGGGGAAGCCGUUGGUGUUGUGUGCCACAGUGCCAGACAGCCUCACCACAGAGGACCAAGCUCUGAAGGAGGUGGCAGAUAGUGGGCUGCUUCUUAAUGAGGGCACAGCUAACGGGACUGAUUCCUGUGAAGACAGUUUGACCACCAUAACCUCUGAGUUGAGUGAUCCAGCUCCCUCCAGUUCUGCUCUGAAUCAAGAGAUGCUUGAAAAUGUUCUGGAUGAGAAACUAACUUCUUUCCAGGAGGAGGAGAAAGUCAGCAACGUGAUGGUGGAACAGGCCAUCCAGACUGACGUGGUGGCAUCUAGCCUAGAUGUGGAGCAGCUCAUUCAAAACAUCUUCAGAGCUCAAGAUGCCUGUCCUCUAAGCCCACCGUCUUCACUGAAGGAACUGGGUGAAUUUUCUCCUGGAAGGUUCAGUGACUCUGGUAUCGUAGUGGACUUAACUCCAAGUCAUCUAAACACUGCCAUCCUUUUGUCACCUAUGGAGUCUCCAUGCAGGAAGGUGGAGCACGGAGUUAAUGAAAACCAUUUCGUGAAGGAACGUGAUUUUACAGAACCUCAUGAUGAUGAAGCCUUUGGGUAUGUCAAGACAGGAAUAAAGAAGAGAUAUGUAGCAGCCCCUGUUGUACCAACUAUCCUGUGGGCUUUCUGUACUCGGAGAGGAGGAACAGAUCCCGUUUACAGUAUUGGAGCAUUGCUUUGUGUUUGCGGCCUGGUGGCCCUGCACUCUUUACACCAUACACCCUUCGAGAUGAAAACCUGA